GACAAGGAGAAGGAAGAAUAUGUGUUAAUGGUGACCCACAAGGAAGAUUAGGAGAAGAAGAACAAGAUACAUCAAUAUUAUUGAGUAAAGUCUGGUUAAUUGGAGGGAGAGAGAGAGAUGGCAGGAGAGAAGAUCGGAACGAGAAGUGAGAAGACACAAUUCUCAGUGACAUGCAGACUCUUGAGCCAGUACUUGAAGGAGAAGGGCAGCUUUGGUAGCAUUGGCCUUGAGUUGGCUCCAUGGCCUAUUCACCACCAACCUCAAGAGAAGCACCAGGCACCCACCACCUUGAGUCUGCUACCAGGUGUGGAUGUGUCCACUGAGGACCAGACCAUCAAUAACACAGACCAAAAUGCUCCAAAAUCCAUGGAGCUUUUUCCCCAGCAUGCAGGGAUUGAUUCAGAAUCUGUCAGGAUUCCUUCAAAUAUUAAGACAGAGAAGGCACAAUUGACCAUCUUUUAUUGCGGAAAGGUGUUGGUUUUUGAUGAUUUCCCGGCCGACAAGGCGGAGGAUUUGUUGCAGAUGGCCAGCAAAGAGAGCAUUGCAGCCCAAAAAAUUGCUUUCACUGCCCCUUCUUCCUCCACCGGAGCUGACUGUAGCAGUCAGCUGGAGACUGCUCAUGCUAAUGCUUCUGAUAUGCCAAUAGCGAGAAAAAACUCUCUUCAUCGGUUCCUCAUGAAGAGGAAGGAUCGGAUCAGCACCAAAGCUCCGUAUCAAGUCCAUGGUGGCACGGAGGCGCCAGACUUGGGCAAGCCGUAGCACUGCCGGUCUUGGCUUGGGUUGGGUGGACAAGCUGUGAAACAAGAAAACUCUGAGAGUAGCUGAUAGCUUUGAAAUCCAAACCAGUGACUUAACCACAGGGAUGGAACAGAUGGAUCUGCUAAUUGUAGCAUUUCAUUUUUUUUUUUUCCUUUUGAUGCAAAGGGAGAUCUUGUUUUAGGAAGAAGUUUCUGUUGUAUUUUCAUGUGAUAAAGACACAAGUUUUUGAGAUCUCCUUCGUCAGGAAAUGGCAGUUCAUGACUGCUAAUUCAUAUUGUUCAAUCAUGUUGUGUCAUUUAC